GCCUGGGUUUGGGAAAGAAGAAAGCGCGUGGACGAGACGGCAGAGAAGAGGAGAAGAGAAGAGCUCGCUCGACGCUCGGCAGCGGGACGAUCGAAGGAAGGCAGGCAGAAAAAAAGGGGAGCCGGGCCAGAUCGCCUUGGCCGAGGAGCGAAGGGAGAGGGACGAUACCUGCGGAAGGUGGGCGGAAAGCAGCCAAGGCUCGGAGCCCAAAGCAGAAGGGGCGAGAAGAAGGAAAGGAAGGAGGAGAGGAGAGGAGAGGAGAGGAGAGGAGAGGAGAGGAGAGGAGAGGAAGGAAGGAAGGAAGGAAGAAAGGAAGGAUAUUUAAUAUUUGUACUUGAUGUUUUUACUUGGCUGUUCACCGCCCUGAGUCCUCAGGGAGAAGGGCGGUAUACAAAUUCAAAAUAAAAUAAAAUAAAAUAAAAUAAAGGAAGGAGAGGAAGGAAGGAGAGGAAGGAAGGAAGGAAGGAGAGGAAGGGAGGAAGGAAGGAAGGAAGGAAGGAGAGGAAGGAAGGGAGGAAGGGAGGAAAGGAGAGGGAAGAAGGAAGGAAGGAAGGAAAGGAGAGGAAGGAAGGAAGGAAGGAAGGAAGGAAGGAAGGAAAGGAGAGGGAAGAAGGAAGGAAGGAAGGAAGGAAGGAAGGAAGGAAGGAAGGAAGGAAGGAAGGAAGGAAGGAAGGAAGGGACUGAUUGACUCUUCGGGACAACUUCGACGUUGGCGUCCCGGAGCAGCGACUUGGCGCCGGCGAACUCUUGCAAGCGCCAGGGCAGGUGAGCCUCGCGGAGGAACCGAGCGGGGCGAACGCUGCUACGGCAACAACAACCGCAGCACCAGCACCAGCAGCAGCAGCAGCAUGUUCGUUUCUUCCGGCUUCGACUGAGACGGGAUGAGGACCGUGGCGUUCCUUCUGGGCAAGGCGCUGAAGAGAAGGUUUCGCCUCCUGCUGGUCUUCGGGCUGCUGGCCGUGGGGCUCUGCGCAGCCUACCUGGAGCUGGUGGUGUUGGCCGAGAGGAAUGGACACCCCUUGAACCACCGCCAAAAGAAGCCUUUACAAGGAUAUGGAAGCUGGAGUGACCUGGCAAAAGUACUGAAUGGCCAACCCAAACCGAGAGUUGAUCCAAGUCUGAAGUUCGAUUUGACAAACGUUCAGAACCAAGCACAAGACAAAAGCUGGAGCAAUAGGACCAGUUCUACAGCCUCAGAGAACCCUGUUUUCUGGAUACCCAAGUUCCAAGGUCAAGUAAAUCUUCAUGUUUUUGAAGACUGGUGUGGUGGAUCUAUUGAACAAUUGAGGAGAAAUCUUCACUUUCCUUUAUAUCCUCAUACACGGACUACUUUGAAGAAGCUAGCAGUAUCACCAAAAUGGAAAAACUAUGGAUUGCGGAUAUUUGGUUACCUGCAUCCAUACAAGGAUGGUAUGUUUCAGUUUGCGAUUGGGGCUGAUGACAAUGCCGAGUUUUGGCUGAGCCAAGGAAAAAACAUCUCAGAGGUUCAACUGAUGGCCAGCAUAGGCAAGACUGGAAAAGAGUGGACAGCACCAGGUGAAUUUGGGAAAUUCAAGAGCCAAAAGUCAAGGCUUGUGAAAUUAUCAGCUGCAAACAAAUAUUACUUUGAAAUUCUGCACAAGCAGGAUGACAUAGGAACAGAUCAUGUGGAAAUUGCAUGGAGAUUGGAUAAUCCUGAAGCCAAGUUUACAAUUAUUGAUUCUGAAUUCCUCUCUCUUUAUGUUGACGAAACUCUUUUCAAAGUGGAUGAAGUUGGCCAUAUCCCACAGACACCAGCCACUCGAGCAAACCAGAUGCUGCCUAGUCAGGAGGCUGUAGAACAUCCAGCUGACAUGCUGAAGGCUGACCCCCGGGACACAAUUUAUGAAUUGCCUCUCUUAAGGAAAUCCCAUAUCCGCCGAAUCUUUCCAGAAUGUCAGUACAAACCAAGUUAUCUGAUCAAUGGAUUCAAACUACAACGCUACCAGGGCCUUAAUUUUGUACGACUGUCCUUUGUGUAUCCCAAUGACUACACCCGGCUGACACACAUGGAGUCAUUUAACAAAUGCAUCUACCAGGAAAGUGAGUUGUCUCUAAACAGAACUGUACGACUGUCCUUUGUGUAUCCCAAUGACUACACCCGGCUGACACACAUGGAGUCAUUUAACAAAUGCAUCUACCAGGAAAGUGAGUUGUCUCUAAACAGGUUUGGAUUUUCUAAAUACAUGCAAAUGGAUCCACCAGAAGACAGAUCAAAAAAAGAAGAGGACAGUUUUGGUGAACCUCAAUAUGGAGAUCCAGCAGAGAUAAAGACCAAAAAAGACCAUGGGGCAGCUGAUCACCACGGCAAUGAUUUUGCCAAUUCCGUUCAGAAACAUCGGACUAUCUUGUCAGUUACCGAAAAAAGGCAGAAGACAGACGAGAAGAAAGAUAAAACCAAAGCAGAAAGUUAUUCUACACCAAAGACCUCCCAUCUGAUAUUCAGUGCAAACCUUCCUGAUCAGGACAGGAAUGUCCACAGAUCAGCAACCAAAAGGAAAGUAGGAGGCAAGGAUUUGCAGACUGACAAAAAACCCAAGGGGACUAAGGAACGUGGGAAUUCGACAAGAGAAGCCAGUCAAGCUCAGUUAGGCUUCAAUGCAACCAGAAACCAAAAAGUGUUAUUGGAUACCAUCAAAACUGGAAGGGACCCCCAAAAAGUUGAAGAGGAAACUGGCAAGGGAACCCCCCGAGAACAGCCUAUGCAUGAGGACCAAUGGCUUAAUCAAGUAGACUCCUACAUAGCCCAACAUAAAGCCGCUGAUGCCGCUAAUGUCAUUAUCGGCACGAGGGAUUUAGAUUCCAAGCAGCAAGUCAGGACUGAUUCUUCCCACCAAGCAACCCGAAAGGAAGAGCAUGUUACAGUAGUGGAAGAAGAAGAAGAUGAAGAUGACGUAUUUGUUCCUUCUCCUCUUCUCUAUGACCCAGUAGUGAAUUGGAAGCAGACUUUCAAGGCCAGCAAUGUAGACUUCCAAGUUUUACGGUCAGACUGGAUUGAUUUGAAGUGUAACACUUCCGGGAACCUGCUCUUAAAGGAGAAGGAAGCCUUAAUGGUUGUUCAAGUAUUCCUUAAAAAACUGAACCAGACGACCAAAGGGCGGUUCCAGUUAGAGCGCAUCUUGAAUGUGGAGAAGCGUCAAGACUACCUAAGGGGCAGCCGUUACUUUCUGGAGCUGGAACUGUUGGAGCAGGGAGAACGCCGAGUCCGUUUCUCAGAAUAUGUCUACGCACGUGGCUGGCAAGGAGUCAGCAGCAGAGAGGAGGAAGCCAAUAUGAAGGAGUUGGCGCGGGGCAACCAACGUCACCUGAUGACCAGCAAGGAUGAGCUUGUGCUCUGCUGGCCGUUAAACUUCUUAUGGAACCACCGUGCGGUUGUCCACUUUAUAGUGCCCGUGAAAAAUCAGGCCCGCUGGGUGAAACAGUUCAUUCUUGACAUGGAAGAGCUCUUUAGGAUUACUAAGGACCCCUAUUUCAAUGUCAUCAUCGUAGACUACAGCAGUGAUGACAUGGAUGUAGAAAAAGCUCUGAAACAGUCCACCUUGCGUAGCUACCAAUAUUUGCGAUUGUCUGGGAAUUUUGAGAGGUCUAAAGGUCUGCAGGCUGGCAUAGACAAAGUCAAGGAUUCCCACAGCAUCAUUUUUCUUUGUGAUUUGCACAUCCAUUUCCCAGCAGGGUUCAUUGACUCUGUUCGGAAGCACUGCGUGGAAGGGAAAAUGGCCUUUGCACCCAUAGUUAUGAGAUUGUCGUGUGGUGCAACUUCACAACAGCCAGAUGGUAAGGGGGUAUUUCAGGCAGGCCUGGAGGUAGACCGACUUUAUAUCAGGAAUUUCCUCCACCACUACCAUUCCAGGAGGGGCAUGUGGAAUCGACGUGUGGUGAAUAUCUGACACAUCUUUCCACUUCUGAAUCUCAUUUUGCAUUUUGUCUGGACACAUCGCUAAGAAGACACUCCUUCUAUUUUCCACGGCGAUCACAGCACAAAUUUUGAUGCUGAAGCAAAGCAAACAAACAAACAAAAAAGACAAAAUGGGGAGUUUUUCAUUUAACCGCUGGAAAGAACUAGCAAGAGAAUGAUCCUGUUUUCCACAAUCUUCUGUCCAAAUAGUUGAUUUUCAGAGUGUGAAAAACGUUCUCACCAGCAAAUCACAGUCUUUGCUCACUGAAGAGUCUCUUUAUGGUGCCUUCUUUGUAUGGAUUUUUUUAAAAAAAAAAACAGAGUGCUUUCAAUUCAUUCAUAGCAAAACUUUUAAAAAAGCAAUGGUGUUGAAAAACAAAUGGAUCAAUAAAUGAUUAACAGAGGCUUCCAUGAUGUUUAAAAUCCUGAAGGAUCUACAAUGUUUGAAGGACAAAUUGUCUAUCACCAAAAAACAAAAUAAUAUUGUGAAUGACUACGAACAGAAAGGUGCCAGAAUUGAAAUGCCUUACAUAGCGUGUUACAAGAGGAUUAUACCCUCUUUUUAAAGACAAUGGUCUCUUUUUUUGAGGAAAUUUAACAAUCAAAAAACAAAAAAUUAAAAUUGAUGCCUUUGGAUUAAAGUCAAUCAAUUCUUUGAUCUUUGCAUAGAAUGCAAGAUAUAUUAAGGAAUUUCUCUUCAUACUUUAUUUUUUCUUUUUCUUUUUUUGUAUUCUUAUAUUCUACUCAGGACUACAAAAAAACAUCUAUUUUUUUGUCCCAAUCAACAGGUUAUUUGGUGGACUGAUAAUCAAACUGCAUCUGAAAUCUUGCUGGGAUCUGAAAUUAUUUUUGGCAGACACAUGGGUUAAUCAUGAUAAUCAUAGGUGUGAUACUGCAAAUAGGAAUAUGACUCUGAAACUGCCUGCUCUUCCUUGAAUUCCCUCUGUUAAUACUUAGGAGAUUGACUGACACUUCAGUCCCAGACAUCAGUACUAAGAAGCAAGAUCCAUAGACUUCAAUGGCUUUAAUAUACUUUUUUUUUAAUUUAUUGCGCAUUCUUACUAUUUUUAGUUGAUUUCAGUUUUUUUAUUUUAAUGUAUUAUAAAGCAUUCUAAGAGAAUUUUUUUUGAAGGGCAA